AUGGAUCUGCUCUCGACAGUACGAAAGUCAGGCUCCCGCGGUGGUGUCAACUUCAGCUGGGACGAGGUCGCCAACUCGUCCCAUCGUGAGAACUACCUCGGCCACAGUCUCAAGGCUCCCGUCGGGCGAUGGCAGCAGGGCCGCGACCUGAACUGGUACGCCAACUCGGAAUCCACAGCACCCAAGACGGACGAGACGGAUGCGGAGCGUGCCGAGAGAGAACGAAAGGAGGAGCUCCGCAAGGUGAAGGAGGCGGAAGAGGAUGCGAUGGCGCAGGCGCUUGGGCUGCCUCCGCCUAAAAGAGAUACGACGGGAGCCAACUCGGUCGAGGUUGGAACACAGAGGCAGCUCGGCUCGAAUCCUGCACCUACAGAGGAACCAAAGGAAUCUUCGCGGCACAUGAGGAUCCUGAAAGGAGGCGCCAUCGGAGCAGAGACGGGCGGCGACAUAGAGAUAGGAGCGGAGAGAGGCGACACAGAGAUCGUGAUGGGGAGAGGCGACACAGAGACCGAAGCGGAGAGAGGCGGCACAGAGAUCGUGAUGGAGAGAGACAGCACAGGGACCGGAGCGGGGAAAGACGGCAUAGAGAUCACGAUGUGGAGAGACGGCAUAGAGAUAGAAGCGGGGACAGGAGGUAUCGCGACGAAGGGAGGCAACAUCGUGGCGAGGUCCGGUCUCGAAAUGACGAAGGAGAAAGGAGGCGCAGAAGCAGGAGCAGAGACCGACGCCGUCGGCCAUCGCCAUCAGGGCGAGACAGGAGUUUAA